ACAUGAUACACCGGAGCAAGAUUUCUGGUAGAAAAAUUGUUUACAGAUAAUACAAAAAAUAAUUAUAAACAUGAUUGUAAAACCAAUACCCACAUUUCUCGCUUCGCCCGGAAUCAAAAAUACCUAUAUGGGAUACAUACAUUAUUUUAACUACAGCUUAAUUGUCUUUACUGUCUUUACCACUCAAAUUAUAUAAUCAUUCAAUUUUUACGAAUACAGAUUUAUUUAAAUUAAUUGUCUACAGUAGUAACAAAAUUAAAAUGGUUACUACUCGUAUUUGUUUUGACAAAUUAUAUACCUAUAUUUUGGGGUAUUGGGCGUGAAAACUUGUAAUUUUUUAAAUUUCUUAACUAUUACUGCGGUACUUACCGCAAUAGACGUUAUAUUAGCGUAAUUUUACAGGAAUUUUGACAAUGCGAUGUAGACUGUGCACAAUUAUCGUGUAGAAUGUAAAAGCUUGGCCGUAUUAUAAGCGAACGUCAAACGCUCUGUACAUCAAUUAUAUUUACUAUUAUGAACACCGGAAAUUAAUGUAGGUAUUCAUAUCCCGAGUUUAGAGAAAUAUAAGAUUUUGUAGAUAUUUUUCCAGAAAUUGUCACACACACACACACACAUUUCCAAAUACCUAUUACGACGAUAAAAGAUUGCGCAGAUUCUAUGAAUCAACUAGAUUGCACGCGAAAAUCGUUUGCGUGUUAUAUCUAGAAAACGGAUUUUUUAUGUAAAAAAAAUGUCAAAAUAUGUAGGAAAAUAUGAAUGUUGUUAAUUUGUUCACGAGUCCAGCAACUCGCCUGUAUCGCAAUGCAAAUAGGUAUUAAUUGUUAAAUUCUAUCACGUAAUGACAAAUGACGUUAUAGCGUCUGACGUAAUGAAUGACUUUUAUGAUGAUUCGUGAUAACGAGAAUUGUGUUUAAUUUAAUGAAUCCGGGAACCUGGGAGUUGACCCAUUAGUUUGAACCGAGUCAAGUAAACCGAUUCGUGGCACUGGUUUAAAACUCCUAUUCCUGCAAUAACGAGAGUUGUAAGUGAUUUUGACUCUCUGGAAAUGAUCACUGGGCGAGGCGAAAUAAAUUAGUUUUAACAUCAAAUUGUUGGUAAUCGAAAUCAUCGGUCACGCCGAUUUUACGGUAGGUACGUCGUUACUAACAUAACGAACUUGUUACUAGUUAUUAACGUACUAUGUAAUGUAUCAACCGGGUAUUUUUUGUUAAACACGGUGUAUUUAUUUUAACAUACAUGGUUUACGGUGACGAGGUCGUUCAUUGUUGCCGGUAUUCGGUAACAACUAACAAAUAACAAUGCUGCGUUAUCGGCAGUUCGCGGCGAUUAUAAUAUCUUGUCGGGUUUCUUCCAUGACGGUGUGGGUGUGAGCCGCUUCGCAGUCACUAUGUCCCACGUCGAUGGCGGCGGCGAUUUGGGUUCGCGGGGCAGCGGGGUCACGAGGGCGUAAACCGCUUCGGUACGGUGAUAGCGACAGCAGCAGCAGCAGCAGCAGCAGCAGCAACGAAUUUUAAUCAGUCCCGUCGUCCUCGGGCUGCGUUCCGUUUAUCAGUUUGUGUCGGUUUCAUACAUAUUACAAUUAUUGUUAAUAAACCUAAUUGUAUUAUUCUAUUAUUAUUGUUAAUAUUAUUAUUAUUAUUAUUAUUGUUAUUGAAAGAUGUUCGUUAUAUUUGUAUAGUUUUGUUCCGUCCAGACGAAUUCGCUACGCCACGUUCUCAGCAGCAGAGGCAGUAUCGUCGCGGCACAUCCGGCGAUCGACACCCGGACGUUUUCGCCCGUGCCAUUUCCGUUGUUGUAAAAGAAAAAAAAGCGCAUACCUACCCGACUACCUGCAGCUACGGACCGCACGGACGACGACCGUCCCCCGUUAAAAAUCGUUGUUCGCACGCCACGGAUAGUAAAAAUUCGUGCUUCGAUCUUGGAAUGACCAGUACAGCCGUCUGCCGUGCAUAAUGACUGUCGAUUUUUGUGAUUAUUUUUGGGUAGGUCGUUGUUUACAAUAAUGGAAAAAUGAGAAACUAACAAAGCCGCGUUUGAAGGCGGGCCAAUGUCGAGGGGGGGGGGGUCGAAUUUCAUGAUACUUGGAGGGAUGACAAAUUGUUUUGAACCAGAAUAGUAAAAUUACAACUGUACCUAGUCAAAAUUAAUUUUUUCCGAUGGGCGGUAGUUUAGCUUAAUGUUCUACUUGCAUUCUGGUUCUAUAACUGUGGGUACCACUGGUAGUAUGUGGUAGGUUGUAUGGUAGCAAUAUGUAAAAUUAAUUAAUAAUUGUUUUUAAUGGAUCUAAUUGGUACUAUAUUUUAUAUGUUUAUUUUUUAUAUUAACUAUAUUUUAGUAACACUGCCUUAUAUUUUAAUCACUUUGGAAUAAGUAUUAAGACAUUAUGAAUAGUUCAAUUUUUAAUAAUAUAUGAUAUGUGACAGAUACAUUACAUAUAAAUGGUACACGAACAAAAUGUUUUAGAACCUCUGGUACUGGAAAACUACUUAACCUGUAUUACCUAUACUAUUACGAUUCUGAUUUGUAAACAUUUUCUUCUAAGACAUGCUGCUUUUAGAGCCCAAGACUCACAAACAUGUCUGCACUCUUCCUUAUAAAAUGUUUUAUCAUUUUUGUUGACAGUUGAAUAAUUUGUUACCAUUGUCCAAUCAUCUACUCAGACGAAUAAAUCCUUUUGAGAUCAUCAAUAUUCAACCAGAUGAUAUACCUAUACCUGUAUUUUUAAAUUUUUUUACAAUGAAUUAUUUUUUAGUGUGAGGUUUAUUUAAAAAAAAAAUAAAAGAUUGUUAGCGGUCUAAGGAGUAAAAUUAGUUUAUAUCUAAAUUUAAAUUGAAUAUUUUAUUUCGGUAGUAGUAGGAAAUUAUAAAAUGAAUUACAACUGUUCAUAUUUGUAAUAAAUUUAAACUUCAAAUACUGAUAAAAAUAAUUUAAUUUUAAUAGCUUAACUUUUUUUUUAUGAAUUUCAUUAUUCAUAUCAGUGGCGUACUUAGAAUUUUACCAAGAAAGGAAUUAUUGAAUAUUGAAAUAUUUUGUUUUAAAGAUUGUAUAAUGUGUACCUUCUAUAGGUUCUAUAGCUAGAACAAAAAACAAAAAAAUCCAAUUUCAAAUUUAUAUAUUUUUAACAAGUAUUUUAUAAUUUGAUCUUCAUAUAAACAUUGGCAUAUUGUAUAUUAUUAGUUUAGUUGUACUAUUCCAAUAAUAAGAAAAAGAAGAACCUUUUUUAUAUUAAAGUGGUUCUGAUAGGUUUUGUUUUUAAUAAGAACAAUUACUUAUAGUUAAGGUUUAUUUUUUAAUUAUUAACUUGCUACCUACCAAUAUAUUUUUGAUUUGUAUAAUUGAAAAGUAAAGUAUAGAAGUUUGAGUUUGAUAAAUAGAUAUUCACAUAAAUAAUAACUAUUAAAAAAAUGUCGAGGGGGAGAUAUAUCUCCCUGAUCUCCUCCCAUAAAUUCGCCACUGGUUCAUACUUAUAAUUUGAAAAUUUACGAGCAUUAACUAGUAGUGGUGUACAAAACAUUCAUGGAUUUCACAAUCUUUAAAAUGCUUAUAAAAGAAAUUCUAACUACAGAUUUGUAAUGUUUUUCUAUUGUCAUAAGAAUAAAUAUUAAAGACCCAUGUGUCAAAUGUUUGAGCAUUUAUAAAGUAUUUAAAAAUUGUAUCCAUAACACCAAAAUAAAAAGUCAACAUUUCAGAUACCUAGUUUUCAAAAAUUCAAAAAUGUUAAAAUAUUUGAAAACAAUAUUAUUUUGUUUGGAAAGUACUUAAAGAAGUAUUAUAAUUUAUAUUAUUAGUUUACCCUUAAUUUAAUUUUAACAUGUUAGUUUAAUAAAUAAUUAUAUAUUAAUUUUUUUAGGGUGACAAAAAUAAUGGCUUUGAUAUUUUGUACCACAAUAUGAAACAUGGAUUAAUAGCUAGUAAAGAUCUUUCAGAUUUUUUAAGAGAAAGGUGAGUUUUUUUUAUUAGAGACCUAAAUAACUUUUUUUAGAUUCUGAACAGAGUAAGGAAUGUAUUGGUUUUAUAUUAUAUAUUCUGACCACCGUAAGAGUAGUAGUCGGCGGUGAUGCGUUUUUGUCGCUUACGGGGGUCAGAGCCAUGUCCAUUUGAUGCUGCCCGUCAAACAUUUCUCGCGCACACAUUCAAAUUCAAUUUUUCGUACAUUUUAUUUCGUUCAUUAUACAUUGUGCGGCGGCGGAAAUGCAUUUCAAGUUAUUUAUACAAGUCGGCUGUCAAUUGUAGACUAAUACAGCUCUCAGGGACGACAGAGCCAACGCUCCGUGCACAUAUUGAUGGCCACGCCCAUGCGCGUAACUUGGCGGCUGACUACUACUCUUACGAUGAACAGAGUACAUAUAUAUUUUUUAUUUUAUAAACAACUUUUUUAUCAGAAAUUUUGCUCCAAUUUUCAGGAACUUUUUCUAAAAGGAAAUCUCACUGGGGUGUUACUUUAGAGAGAUCAAUGAUUGAUUUUUCUAGUAUUUUUCUUAAUAAAUGCAAAAAAUUGUGAGAAAAGAUAAUAUACAAAAUGUAUUUCAAAUCAUAAAUAUUAUGACUUUGAAAAACUUAUGCAACCAAAUUCUGUUCCCAGCUUUUCGUUAACAAUGGUUAAUCUUUGCAUACAGAUAUACAUUAACUUUCCCUAUUCUGUGAAGUAUUUUUGUUUGUUUUUAUAAUUUGUAUUAUUUUUUCAUAGAACUAACAUUGAAGAAACAUGUUCAAAAUUACUUGCAAAGUUAGCUAAACAGACUAGUAGUACUUCAACUACAGGUACAUUUAAUCCAUUAUGGCAAUUACUUAGAGUAUCCAUAGAAAAACUUUCCACAAUACAUUUACAGAUGGUACAUAAAGUAUGCGAAUUAGUAAAAGAUGUUAGUAAAUAUACAGAUGAAUUACAUAAAAAACACAAAAAUGUUAGUAAAAUUUACAAAUUUAUUAAUUAAAAUAAAUUUUUAUAAAAAUUAUCUUUUUAUCAUAAUAUAAUGUUAAUAUAUAGGUUAAAGAAGAACAGAGUGGUACAUUAGAUGCUGUACAAAUCAUACAAUCAACUACAUUAGCAUUACAAAAAGCUAAAGAUAUAUAUAUUCAAAAAGGUGGAGAGUUGGAUAAACUCAGAAAAGAUAAUGCUUCUGCCAAGGAUAUCGAAAAAGCUGAAUUAAAAUUAAAAAAAGCUCAAGAUGACUAUAAAGUAUUGGUUGAAAAAUAUAGUUCUGUGAAAGAAGAAUUUGAAAAAAAAAUGUCUAUGGCUUGCAAGGUUAAAAUAAUUUGGUACCAUAUAAAAUUUAUUGUUUUCUAAUAAUUUUUAUAUUUAAAUGCAGCUUUUUCAAGAAGUCGAGGAAUCACAUUUAAAACAAAUGAAAGACUUUCUCAACUUGUAUACAGAGUUAAUUGAAACUAACCAUGAAGAAAUUGGAAAGGUCAGUUAACAAUUGUAAAAUGGAUUUGUGGCCAUCUUAAAAACUUAUUUUUAUUAACUUAUAUGUUCUAAUAUCUACUUUUUUUUCACCAGUAAUAAUUCAAAAUCUAGGUGAAUAUUUUUAAAAAAUAGUUUUUUUUUUUUUUAGGUCCAUGUAGAAUUUAAAAAACAAUGUUUAGAAAUGACUGUUGACAAAUUAUUGGAGCAAUUUGUCUUAACAAAAUAUACAGGUUUUGAGAAGCCAGGUAACAAUAUUAAUUUGUAAGCAAUAUUAAUGUAUUAUAUUCUUAUUAUUGCAUUUAUUCCUUUAUUAGAAAAUAUUGAAUUUGAAGAAGUUUGUCUGAAUAGUACUUCUAGUAGUUUGAAUCAGGUUCCAGACUCAUCAAGUGAUACAAAAUCAGUACAAGGAACUAAUUCACCCGUGUUAACUAACACCACACAAAAUUCAUGUGCAGCUAGUGUAGCAUCUGAAAAGCCUUCUACGGCAAAACGCGAAGGUAAUUGCCGUAUAAGGGACAAGAAAGAUGCUAUCAAUUACCAGUCCUCCAGAGCAACAUCCUUACUCAAUAUCUUCAUCUCCAACUCCCACGGUAUGUUCAUUUAACAAUCAAUUUUUUUCAACCUCGCAAUCGGCCUACCAGAACUGCUAUUAUAGUAGAAUUUUUUCUGCACCGUACCAGCAAUCGGUAAUAUUAAAUAUCUUUCUAGCUGCUUCACAAAAGUUUAUUUUUGAUGUGUACUAGUUAGAAUGUUUUGACCAAUCCUCUUAAUACAUUAUUGCAUAAAUGCAUUAGUUUCUUUCUAAAUCAUUAUUUUAAUUCAUUUUAAUCACUAAAAUACUAUCAAAAUUAUAAUGAUAUAUUGCCAACAUUAUUUAUAUUUAUGCUGAUAUAAUUUGGUUAGAAAAAAAAAUAAACAAGUAUGUCCUCUACUAUUAACAUGUUGAUGGACACUAAAUUUUAUUUUAUUUUUUACUUUAAAACCUUCCAAAAAAUAUAUGUGAACAAUAUGAAAAUAAAGUGCCUAUUGGCCUGUUGAGAUGUAUUGGAUCAAAAAAAUAUUCUCUAUUGUAAAAUACCAUUGAAAAUAUUGUUACUAUAGCAGUAUUAUUUGCCUACUGUCCAUCAACUGUUAAAUAACAGCAUUUUCUUUAUUUAUAUUGUUACUCAGUUUCUCUAUUUUUGUUUGAAGUUAUAAUUCCAAAAACUAAAACAAUUAGUUACCAUUUUAUAAUCAGCAUAGCUUUUAAGUGUUACUUAAACUGAAUUUAAGUUCCACCUAAAUACAUUUCUGUAAAAUUGCAUUACAUAAUUGACAAUUAAGUUGGUGUUAUUCCAUUAAGUCAUAAGUGUCAUAAUUUAUGCGGCUGAUCACCUGCACUUAGCCUUUCAAAUAAAUAUUAUGCACCCAUUUCGAUGAUAUCUGGUUAAAAUUAAUUUAAAUUAAUAUUUAAAAUACAAAAACAAUAACCUAAACAUUUUAUAUUUACAAUAAUUGGGGUUUCUAAAAAAAAUUGUUGUGGAUAUUUAAUUUAAAUUACUAUUUGGUACUUAGUACUUAUGGUUAUACGUUUCACUGAUCUUUUAGCUUCUUCAAUUUUACGCAACAUCUAAUUUCAAAGUAUUUAAAGUUAUACAAAAAAUAUGAUAAUUAUAUCAUAUUAUUAAUAGCAAAGGUAAUAAUCAAGAAUUUGUAUCAGGGUUGUUAAACAUAUUUCAACAAAUUUGUCAAUUAAAAUAGUUUAUAGAAUAAUUGUAUACUUACUAAAAUAGGUAACUAAUACGAUGUUUUAUUUAAUUUUCAAUAAAUAAACUAUAUUGUCCUAUUAGAUUUGAACAUUUUAUACAAUGUAAAAAUUGUUCUACUUUCUACUAUGCCCAUAUUUAAACAAAAUUUGAUAAAAAUAGCAAUAAUAAAUUAUGUUAUUCAAAAAUAUUUUUUUUAGUAUUCAUAAUUUGAAUUUUAAUGCUUGUUUAAUUGUAUUUAAGUUCUUAAUUAUAAAAUAUUAAUUAUAAAUUAUAAAUAAUAAAACCUAAAAUUAUAAAAAUUGGUAAAAUAAAUAACGCUUAAAAAUUAUUAUUUAAUGCUUUCUAAACAAAUUAAGUUGUACAGAACAAAUUGGAUAAUUUAGUAUGGGUACUUAUUUAAAAUUAUGACUGGAUAAUAUUCUCUUUAAAAUUACUAAAGUAAAUAUCACAUAACAAAAAUGUAUUUAUUUAUUUCAACAUAAAUUGCAUGGUGUUGAAGUAAUUCCAUAUAAGUAUUAUUAGUUUAUAACAGCGGACCAAGUUUUUGUUGGGGGUAGUAAAAAAAAAAAUUCUCACAAAGGCCCAAAGAAAUAUUAAGAAAUGUUUUUGUAAAUCCAAAUAUUUAAAUUAGUUCAGAGAGCUAAUCAUUAAUAACCAGAGGGUCAUAGUUUGGCUACCACUCCUCUAUGGUACUUAAAGUAUUUGGAAAAUAUGUAUUCAAUGGCUGGAACUACUAAAAAUAUUGGUGUAAAAAUAAUUCAACUUUUGUUUUAACUCAUACGGUGUACUAAUAAUGUGUAUCAUAUUUUUAUGCACAGAAAUAAAUAUUAAUAUAAGCUUUUUUUUUUUAAUGUUACAUUAAAUAAUUUAUUAUACCUAAAUACUAACCAAUUAUACUUACAUAAUUUGUAUUAUUUAAUUUGAAUUAUUAUCAUCAAUAUCAAAUUAUCAUAAUUAUCAAAAAUAAUUAUAAUUCAUUUUUAAACUAAGAGAGAAAAUAUUUCUUGUUAGGCUAAUAAUAUCUAAUAUCAUGGCUAAAUAUUUAUCCAUAAUGAGGAGAGUAAAUUAAAUACUAAAUUAAACUAUUAUAUGCAAUGGGGGAGCUAUCCAUCCAUCCUAUCAAUUUGUUUUGUUAUUUCAAAUAUUUAGAAACAAAGUAUUAUAUUUAGGUUAUAUUGAGUGUUUCAAAUAUUAUUAAAGCUAUUAACUGACUUUUAGAUUCUAAGUAUAGCAAAUAAUGUGUUGGUUGUAAUGUGUCUGUGUUUAAUUUUUUUUUCUACCAGAAAUACUUUUCCAAACAUCAACUUCAGGGGCAGUUUCAAUUUUAAUAGCAAUUAUAAAUAAUAUAAAAAAAAAUUACUUUAUACAUCCUACCUUACCAGGUUUCUCUCAAACAGAGGCCUAUCCAUGAGCAAUGUUCUGUCUUAUACAUUCAUUAUAUAGUAAAAUUGCAUUCAGUAGAGACAAACAUGUACUAUUCAUUUUAAUAUUUGUGUGAAUGUCAAUCAUACAAUUUAAAUGUAAGAAGGUAUACCGAUUUGUAACCGUGUAGAGUUUUUUUCUUUGAUAAUUUAAUUUUUUAGCAAGAUAUAAAUAUUUUUAAAUUGUGUUAAUAUUUUAUUAUCUUAAUUAUUAAUUUUAUUAUGUGGAGCAAAACAAAUAAAGGGUUAUUUGCUCUUGAUCUGGAGUUUGAAAAGAUAAUAAAAUACACAAAUGAAAAAAAAUAGAGGUAUCAACAAAUUCGUUUAUUCCAUGGGUCACGGAAAAGCGCAUACCAAAGUGGUAAUACGGUAAUAAUGCACACAUACGACCACGGUCAGAGGUUGCGACAAUACUUAACUAUAAGUUUGUGCGAAAACCCCGCCCACGUUUUAUCAGCAAUUGCGAAUUACUAUCGUUAUCUGAUUGGAUGGGUACUCGCCACGAAAUUAUUUACAAACAAUAUUAUAGAUAUAUAAUGCAAAAUAAAUAAAAUAUUAUAUUAUACAAAAUAAAUUACCACAAUUAUCUUAAUAUUAUCUUGCUUAAAAAUUGAAAUAUGGUAAAAAAAUUAGUAAAACUUGACACCUUAACCCAGAUAAUCUCACCUUUAGGUUUGAUUAUAGGCCACACAUUAAAAUUAACAACACAAAAUUGUCUCUGGUGCAUGCAAAUUUGCUAGGUCUUGCAUUUAUAAGAAAGACAGCAAAUUUGAGUAUUUAUUCUCUUAAAGCUAAUAUAAAUCAAAAAUAAAUUCUAAAUAUAUACAUAUAUUUAAGAAAACUGCCAACAUUGCCAUAAUUUAUUUUCAGUCGAAAUAACUAUUUUUUGUUUCAAAACUAUAGAAAGACCUCUCCCUCCAUUAAACAAAUUCGCACACCCUAAUCCCCCAUAAUUAUGACUAGCCAUAAUAUCAUUGAUUAUAUAUAUAAUUAAUAUAUUGAAUGCUAACACUGUGUAUUACAAUUUUAUUUAUUAUAUGAAAUUAAAUGUACUUUUGACAUGAACACUGAUUGGUAAAAGAUAUUUUACUACUUACAAAAAUCACAUCUCUCAAGAAUAUUAUUUAUGAAUAAUAGGGUAUUUUUCUUUCAUAUUUUUAUAUAUUUUUAGAUAUUAUAAUUAAUAAAUCUAAUUUUUACAAAAUAUGUAUAAUUUACUAUUCAUUUGUAUAAUAUACAUGUUAUUAAUCAUUAUUAUCCUGCCAAAUUAUUUAUUUUGCAUGUAUUUUACUAUAUAAUUUAAUCAUAAGCUUGUGUGUUGUUGUUUAAGUAAUAGCUGUGUUUACAGGUGCUUUUUCAAAAUCAAACAGAACUGUCAGUUUAAGUGCUGAUCACACAGCUUAUUCACUUCCCCAGAAUUCUAUUCGUGGAUCAAAAUGUAAUUCGUAUUCAUUAUUAUUGAUCCUUUUGUAGUGUUUCUUGCAUGUUUGCGUUUAUUUAUUUUUAAUACUUUUCUAUUUUUUUUUAUUAAGAAUGAUUCCUUCUAAAGUGCUGUAAUCAGUUUUGUUUAGUGGUAUAUUGGUCUUGUUAUCUGCUACUUAAACAUAUAUAUAUAUAUAUAUAUACAUAGAGUAAGUUUCAGCAUACUGAUAAAUAACAAAUUUUAGUUACCUAAAAAUUUUUUCAUGUUUUGUAAAAAUUAACUUAAUUAAAAAAAAAAUUAAUUACAAUACAAUUUUGUCAGAUUAAUUAUUUUAGUAAAAAAUUAAUUUUUAUUAAUAUUUUGAAAAUUCUGAAAAUUUUGAUUAUUCUGAAAUAUAUUUUAUGCAUAAAUGUAUUAUUUUAAUAUUGCUUUUAAACAAAUUAUUCUUGUACACAAAUUUAAGAUUAUUUACUGUAGUUAUUUGUAUAUUUUUAAUAAAUACGCAUUACACUGUUCAUUAAAUAAUUAAUUGUAUUACCUAUUUGAAGCAAAUUAGAUCAUUUUUUUAAAUUAAAUUUAAUAGCAUAAUAUAAUUAAUAAUAUGUCUAAUUAAACUGCUUGUUUUUAUAUUUAUAUUAAAAAUUUAAAAAACUGCUUUUAAUGGGAGAUAUUUUUUAUUAAUGUUGGCAAUUAUAAAAUAUGUAUGGGUAGGUUUUAUGAUUAAGGAAGUUGUAAACUGUAAUACUUCCAUAUUCGUAUUAAGGUGAAUGGUCAAAUAUUAUACAAAUAUUUUCAUCUGUUAUGUAUUCAUCAAUCACAAUAAACAUUUUAAAAUAAAAUAAAAAAAAUAUGUUUUUGUUUUCAUAAAUGAUAAAGAACCUAAUGAUUUACAUUUUUAUUUAUUAUUAAUUUCAUUAUACAUUAUUUUAUAAAUAUUUUUCUUUGUUUAAUCUACUUAUAUUAAAAAAUUUAAAUAGAAUUAUUAGGAAUAUUUUCUGUUUCAAAAGAUUUUUUUUUUUAUUUAUUGGACUGUAUGCGUUUUAUGAACUUAUUUAGUAAUCCUUACAGUUAUGCUUUAAAACUAAAAAUACAUCAUUUUUAUUAACCUAUCUUUAUAUUUAGCAUGCUGCCAUACAAGUACACAAAGUUCAAGUAAACCAAUUAUUUCAAGGUAGCCAAAUUUAUGAGGCUAUAAGUAUAUUUAAUUUUAUAUUAACUAAAAAAACAUAUCCUUAAAUGAACUUCCUUUUGGUCCUUAAAUAUUAUCCUUUGAAAUGGCUUUUGUUGCAUUUGUUUUUAAUUAUUACCUAUUUUAUUACAUUUUUCAUUUUAGUUGCAUGAUGUUUACAGUUACCAUAAGUUAUAUUUAUUAAUCAAUUUUUACAGUGCCAAAUACAAAGAGAAUGUGCUGAUAUUUUAAGAAAUAACAUACAUUUUUAUUUUUACAUGCAAAUAAUGAGUAUAAUAAUUGUCUCUUUGUAUUGUGUGCUCAAUAAUUAGUAUUUAUCUAGUAGUUUAAUAAUCGAUAUGUGUUCAGGGUUUUUAAGGAGCAGACGGGACAAACGUAAAGAAAAAAAAACUAAAAAGAAAAAAGAACCAAGUAGUGAAACAGUUGGUAAAGAAGAUAAAUCUGACAAGUAUAUAUUUAAUAUUGAAGUAUUGUACAAUACUUAAUUAUUUUGGUUUCAAUCUUUAGUGAGGAAAAAGAAGAAGAGGAAUCAAAAAAUUGUGCACCAGAAAUAGAUGAUGAAGGAUAUUGUAUUAAGCCAACAGAACAAUGGAAUGUUGAAAAGGGGAACUUUUUUUCAUCUUCAGAUUCAGGUUGUUAAUUUUUUCUUACUGUGAUUUAAAAAUGAUAAUUUCAUAAAUAGUGAAUUGUUUUUUUAGAGGACGAUAGAGACAAAAGACUACAUGUUGAAAUAAAACCAUUAAGCAAUGGAUCAGGUCCAAUAAGUGCAAGUGUUGACGAAUUAAGAGCCACUGUUGAAAACAUAUCAUUAUUACCCAUAGGAACACAAACAUUAAAAGUAAUUUUUAAAACAUGUAUAUAUUAUGUACCUAUUUGAUGUGUCUAUAUUAUUAUUAUGUAUUAUGAACUUUGGUUGAAUUAUUAAAUUUUAGAAUAGAAGAGGUUCAAUUAAUGAUGACAGUACAAUGAAACGUUCUAAAUCGGUAUCACAACAACUGAACACUGUGUAAGUUUAUUUAAUAAAAAAAAAUUGUAUGCAUUGUAAUCAUUUUUUACUUUUAUUUAUUUUUAUUUUAUUGAUAUGUGUAUAUAUAUAUCACUAAAGGCAUUUUAAAAUUUGAUUUAAUAUUUUAGAAAAAUUAGUAAUGAUCUAAUAGGACUGAAUUUGUUUCAACCAAGCGAAUCUUCUAAUCUAGUUCAACAGCCCAAUCCACUAAAUAGUCCUACAUUAUCAUUAACUAAUAAAUCCAUUUCUCCACCAAAUGUUUAUCCCGUGGUAUCUCGAUAUGCUGCAGGUAAUAUUCACUUAAUGUUUAUUUUAUCUAGAAUAAUAAUAAUAUCUUUAUAAUAACAAAAAUGAAAAUGUUUAGACCUAGGUGAUUUAUUUUUUGAAAUCAGUGACAUUCACCAAUCUACUCCAAAACCAACACUACAACCAACAACUCCUACAGGGCCUUCUAUAUCUAUUCCUCGCCCUCCAUCUCGAAGAGAGGUAAUUAUUAUAAUCAAUUUAAAUCAAAAAAAUGAAUUAGUAUUCAAUUGCUGUAAAGUUUAUUUUUAAAAAUUAUUUCUCUAUCUAUUUGAUUCCUUUAUUAUAAUUUGAUUUGCUUUAUUCAAUAACAUACAAUUUAUUAAAAUUAAUGUUUUAUUACAUAGAAUAAUGGACCCCGUAAUCAACUUAGUCCAAUAAGCAUUGGAAGAACAGACAGUGUAUCGAGUCUUGAAUAUCGAUCUUCUGGAGUUUUAGGACCAUCUAGAGGACCAUCACCAUUAACAAUUGGAUUAUCUGAUUCCAUUCCAUUAGCUGUUGCUUUUCAUGAAAUAAUUCAUGCUUAUUUUAAAGGAGCUAAUGAGUCAAGGUAUUUAUUAUAUUACAUAUAAAAAUAACUGUAGUAGAUCAUUACUCUAAAUAAUGUAAAUUAUUCUGUUUAAUGGAUUUAUUUUUAGGUGCCAAGUUAAAAUGUUUGGAGAUAUGAUGGUAUCAUUUCCUGCUGGUAUUGCUAAUAUUUUAGUAAAUAAUCCUAAUCCAGCUAAAUUAACAUUUCGAUUAAAAAAUACUACAAGAAUAGACAAUAUUCUUCCAAAUAAACAAUUAGUAUUAUCGUAAGAAAAACUUGACCAAAAAAAAAUAUAAAUAAAAUUGAUUUUCAAUUUAAUUUUAUUACAGAGAUAACCCAUUUACAACCACUGAUUCCACCAUUUACGAGUUCAUUAUGCCAGCUCUAACUUCAUUAUUGCGUAAACAGUUUGAGCAAAAUCCUGUUGCAUCUUAUUUUAAUGUUGAUAUACUUAAAUAUCAAGUUAGUAACUGUCAUUAAUAUAUAAUAAAUAAUUUGACCUUUAGUUAUUUGAAUAUAUAUUUUUUUAGGUGAAAUUACGCAAUACUGCUGCAGCAUCAUGUCCAUUCCAAUUGGUUUCAUUUUAUAAAUGUAGUAAUACUUAUACAGAUCUUAAAAUUGACUAUAAAUUUAAUAGUCACUCUAUGAGUGUUCCUUCACCUUUACUCAAUGUUACAGUGUCUGCUAAUUUAAAUUCAGCAAUACGUAAUAUGCAGUCUAAACCUACUGCACAUUGGUAAUUUUUAUGAAAUUUUCAUUAAUUAAAAAUUAUUGUGUAAUUAAUAUGAAAUAUUUAUUUUGUAGGCAAUCUGAUACAAAAACUGUUUCUUGGAAAUUUGCUGAACUUGCUCAAUAUUCUGAAAGUCAGGGUUCUGGUUCAUUAAAAGCAAGGUUUGAGGUUGAUAAUUUAUGCCCUAUAUCAACAAUAGUUACUCAAUUUAACUGUGAGGGUACUACAUUGUCCGGAGUUGAAUUUGAGUUAGUGAGCGGUGGUUAUAGAGUAUCUUUGAUCAAAAGACGCUUUGUUGCAGGUAAAUUAUUAUAUGAAUUACUAUUCAUUAUAGUGCUGUAAAAUUAUUGAAAUUUGGUUUUGUUUUAUAUUCAAUUCUUAUACAUUUUAAAAUAAAUAGCAUAAAGAAUGUUCUUAUACUGCUUGCUAUUGAUUAGCUAAAACAACAAUAGGUUGGGUAGUUUUUUUUUAAUUUCCUAAUCCAAAAAAGAUGUAUUAUACAUUAUAUAUAAUGUGGUUCACUGAAAUGGUAACACAAAAUAUUUCUGUACAGUGACCUCAGAUUGAAAUGGGGUUUUCAAGUCUUCAAGAAAAGAUAGGAAAUACUGAAAUACACAUUUUGUAUAGAUUUUUAAAUUUCUUACUCUUUCAGUAUAUAAUGUAUGUGCAAUAAUAAUUUUUUAAAUGGAAACAACUUAUAUAAUACAUUUUUCCAUUAUCUCAAUAAUUUGUCUAGAUACAGCUGGUUAAAGUUAAAACAAAUUUAUUUUAUUUUAAAAAAUGUAUUACAAAAAAUACUCAUCAAUAUGGCUUGGAACUUAAUACACUUAAAAUCCACAAAAACCCACUUAAAAACAUCAAAUAAACUCUAAAAAAAAAUAUUUAAAAAAGCAAAAACAAUAGAAGGGUUUAAAUGUUCCCCCUUUAGCAGCUUUAGCUAAUGAAAUACAAUUUUCUAAAACUUCAAAACUAAAGUUGACUCAGUUAUUUUUUUAAAUACAUGUAUAAUUUUAUUCAAACAAUAUUUUUUUGUUAAUAAUUUGUUUCAUGUUAGAAAACUAUAUUUAAUAAUUAAUUUGUUAGACAGGGAACAUUUAAACCCUCUACCAUUUAGUCUAAUAAUAUUUGUUUAAAGUGUUUUUUUUUUUUCAAGGCUUAUCCAUUAGUCAACCAAUAAAGCUCAUAUACUGAUAAACCAAUAAAUGCUUACAAUACAAUAAGUAGGUAUUUCAAUAGGUACUUGGUAUUUCUGAGUAAAUUAACUGACAAAUGUGCACCACAUUGAAAACUGAACAGAAAUAUUUUGUGUUACCAUUUGAGUGAACCAUACUGUAUAUAUGUGUAUAUAUCAAAGUAUUCAUUUUUGAAAGAUGUUUGUAACUUUAUAUAUUUUCAUGGUCAUCACUUAAAAUUUAAAACUGUAGUUUUAUUUUUGUAGAGGUAGAUGAAAAUCAAUCUACUACUACCAUGUACUAUCAAUCUACAAUCAAUAUAAACUAUCUAUAUAAAAUACAUUGUGUGAGUAGAUUAUUAAUAAAUUAUUAACUUUUGUUUAGGUAAAUAUAUUUGUGAUGGUGAACCAGAUCCAAAAAGCUCUAUUCAACAUUCUGCUGUAUCAUCAAACAUUUCUUGUACAGAUUGUUAACUACCCAGUUUAUAUACAUAUUAUUCAUUUGUUUUUAUUUAUAUUUUUAUAUUAUUUAAACCCAGUUAUAAUCUCAUUUUUUUUUUCUUGACCAUUUUGUUUCUUGAUUCAUAUAGUUCAUAUCUUUUGUUUUUAAUAAUCUAUACAAGAAUUAACAUUAGUUUUAUAAAUCAGUUUUCCUUACAAUUUAUUCUGGCAUUUAAAUAGCCUUUAAUUAUCAUUUUGAUAUUUGAUUAACUGUUUCUUUUUUAGUAAACUUGUAUGGUAUUAUUUACCAUUAUAAAUUUAAAAAUUAGAACAAAACAUAAUAAUAUUGUACUUAUGUUAUGAGAUAAUAAUGAGACAAAUGGUUAUAAUAUAUUUUGUAUCAUAUAAUGAUAUAACACUCUAAUACUUAUCAAAUAAUUCACUUACAAUUAUUAUUAUUAAACUUACUACUAAAGUUUUUAUCAUUAUUUUUCGUACAUAGUUGCAAUAUAACCUAAUUUAAUAUCUAUACUUAAAUUUUAAAUAAAUAUAAAAAUAGUUGAGAUUUAUUCUUUGAAAUGCAUGCAGGGAUAUCAGUGACUUUGAGCUACAAUUAUGUCUUUGAUAUGAAGGAAUGUAUAUUUUAAUCAUAUUCUACCUAUAUUUAUACUUUUACAUUUUAUACUUCUUAUCAUUAUUUCAUAUAAAAUAGGCAACAAUGAAGGAUGUCUUUUGGGUAUUUGAUUAUGCAAAAAAAAAACUCGAUCUGAUUGUAAUAAUCUCUUUUUAUUUUAAUCUUAUUAUUAUUGUGAUAUGUUUAUCAAUAUUAUUGACUUGUUUAUGCUUCCUUGUUGUAUUCUUUAGUAUUUGAUAACUAUGUUGCUAUUUCAUUGUUUAUCAGACUUGUGAUUAUAAUUCAAAAUAUCAGAUAAUUUACUUUCUCAUAUAAAAAUAUUUAAUAAUAAGUUAACGUUUUUAGAAAUAGGAAUUUGCAUUACAUUUGUUGAAUUGGACCAAUGUAUUGCAUAGAUAUAUUCCAAGACAUAUAAAUAUUACCCACAUAAUAAUAUUAUGAUUUAAUUCUGUAAGAAUCAAAAUAUAAAUUUAAAAAUUAAUAAAUUUUUAAAAUGUAUAAAUAGGUAUUUAAAUUUUAAGUUAUCAAUAUUUUUGGCUCAAAAAUGUAAGUACCAAAUACUUGGUAUUGUUAAAAUUAUUAUUGUAAGCAAAGAUUGCAAUUUAUUUUUUCAGAUUUAAUAAUAUAUUAUAUUAGUAUCUACAUCUGUAUAUCAAAUAUUAUAUAAAUAUAUAUUUCUUUUACUAUAA